CUGCUGGGCGCGCGCGGCGCCUGGCCCGUCGCUCCCGUUACCGGGGCAACCGCGGCGCCUCCGGUGUAAAGGCCCAGAUCAUCUCUCCGCGCCAUUUUCAAACUGCGGAAGGAAGCGCCGGGCGGGUGGCUGAAGCGGAAGGGGCCAGCCAGGGAGACGACUGGGGAGGGCGAUGCGGCCGCAGGCAGAAGGACUUUAAUUUUUGGAAGUGAGUAAAACUGGUUUUGGAGGUCAAGAUGACGACAGCUGCAGAGAGAAAGUAUAUUAAUAUUAGGAAAAGAUUGGAUCAGCUGGGGUACCGUCAGACUCUGACAAUCGAGUGUUUACCUUUGGUAGAAAAGCUGUUCAGUGACUUGGUUCAUACAACAGAAAGCCUUCGACAAGCAAAAUUAUCUUCUGUGAAAGCUGAAAAGGAAAGUGCCAAUUUUGAUUUUAUUUUGGAACCCUAUAAACUUGAAAAUGCAAGAUUGAAUAAAGAAAAUAAUGAGUUAUAUCUGGCAUUAAUGAAACUGAGAGAGUGCUCAGAGCAAAAUAUUAAAGAGUUGAAAACUACAUUGAAGAAGUGUGCACGUGAAACAGCAGAUCUGAAAUUUCUAAAUAACCAAUACGUUCACAAACUCAAACUGUUGGAGAAAGAGAGCAGAGCUAAAAAUGAGAAAAUUCAACAACUUCAAGAAAAGAAUUUGCGUGCUGUCGUACAAACUCCAGGUGGAAAGAAAAGAAGUAUUGCCUUCAGACGCCAGCGGAUGCAAAUCGAUGAGCCAGUCCCUCCCUCUGAAGUCAGUUCUUAUCCAGUUCCACAGCCAGAAGACCCUUACAUUGCGGACCUCCUGCAAGUGGCUGAUAACAGGAUCCAAGAACUUCAGCAGGAAGUCCAUGAGCUGCAAGAAAAGUUAGCAGUGAUGGAAAGUGGUGUGAGAGAUUAUAGCAAGCAGAUCGAGCUACGAGAACGAGAGAUAGAGCGACUGUCAGUUGCUUUGGAUGGCAGUCGCUCUCCAGAUAUCUUGUCUCUGGAGACUAAAAAUAAAACCAAUGAAAAGGUGAUUGCUCAUUUAAAUGUACAGGUUGACUUCCUUCAGCAAGCUAAUAAAGACCUGGAGAAGCGUAUUCAAGAGCUUAUGGAAACCAAGGAAACAGUGGCAACUGAAGUAGUUAAUUUAAGUAACAAAAAUGAAAAACUCUGCCAGGAAUUAACUGAAAUAGACCAGUUAGCACAGCAGCUAGAAAGACAUAAAGAAGAAGUGCUUGAGACCGCUGAUAAAGAACUCGGGGAAGCAAAGAAAGAGAUUAAAAGAAACCUCUGUGAAAUGCAAAAUCUUGAAGAAACCAUGGCAAAACUUCAACUGGAAUUAGACUUAUGCCAAAAAGAAAAAGAAAGACUGAGUGAUGAACUCCUUCUAAAAUCAGAUCUGGAAACUGUUGUUCAUCAGCUUGAACAAGAAAAGCAAAGACUUACCAAAAAAAUUGAAAGUUUUGCAUUAACAGAAAGAGAACUAACUUUGGAAGUUGAGAGGAUGAGACUAGAACAUGGAAUAAAACGUCGAGACAAGUUACCUUCUCGUUUAGAUACAUUUCUCAAAGGUAUAGAAGAAGAACGAGAUUAUUAUAAGAAAGAGCUAGAAAGACUCCAACAUAUCAUACAGAAAAGAUCUUGCUCUAUAAAUUACUGUGCACGUGAAAAAAAUUCAGUAUUUAAAACACCAGAAAAGGGCGAUUACAAUGCAGAAAUUCAUCUGGUCACAAGAGAACGAGAUGAACUCCAGUGUAUGCUAGAAAGAUUUGAAAAAUAUAUGGAAGAUAUACAGUGCAAUGUUAAAUUAUUGACAGCAGAAAGAGAUAAACUAAGUGUCUUAUAUAAUGAAGCUCAGGAAGAAUUAUGUGCACUAAGACAGGAAUCAACCAACACCACUGUCCCUAGUAGCCUUGUUAAUAUUAUGGAAAAGGAAAAGGAACUUGCUGUAUCUGAUUUAAGAAGAAUGAUGGCAGAAAAAGAAGAUUUAAGAGAAAAGUUAAAAAAUAUCGAGGAAAUGAGUGCUUUUGGCAAAGCAGAAUUAGAGAAAACUAUUGAACAUUUGACAUGUGUUAAUCAUCAGCUGGAAAGUGAAAAAUACGAAUUACAAUCUAAAGUGAUAAUAAUGAAAGAAACAGUAGAGUCACUAGAGAACAAAUCCAAACUCCAAGCUCACAAGCUUAGCCAUCUCAUGGCUGGUGACUCAUCCUAUCACAAAACAGAGUUGAACUCUCUUAGGAUGGUAAAUGAGCAGCUACAGCAGUCACUUGAUGACUAUCAGCACCGACUGUCCAUAAAAAGAGGUGAACUUCAAUCUGCCCAUGAACAAAUUAAAAUACUGGAAGAAAAAAUAGAUACGAUAAACCUUAAGAUGACUUCACAGGAUGAAGAGGCUCAUAUAAUGAAAAAGACUAUUGGUGUUAUUGAUAAAGAGAAAGAUUUCCUCCAGGAAACUGUGGAUGAUAAGACAGAAAAGAUUGCAAACUUAGAAGAAGUCCUCACUAGUAAAGAAAAAGCUGUUGCUCAGAUGAAGACAACUAUCUCAGAGUAUGAAUUAUCUCUGACCCGAUUAAAGGAAACAUUGGGUAAUCGAGACCGGGAAAUCAGCAGCCUCCGGCAACAGCUUGAUGCGGCUCUCAAAGAACUGAAUGAAGUAGGGAGGACUAGAGAAAUGUCUUUUAAGGAAAACAGAAGAUUACAAGAUGAUCUGGCUACAGUGGCGAGAGAAAAUCAGGAAAUCUCAUUGGAAUUGGAGGCAGCAGUGCAAGAAAAAGAAGAAAUGAAGAGUAGAGUUCAUAAUUACAUAACUGAGGUGUCCCGAUGGGAGAGCUUAAUGGCUGCUAAGGAGCAAGAAAAUCAAGAUUUGUUAGAUAGAUUUCAGAUGCUUCACAACUGUGUCGAAGACUGGGAGAUCAAGGCUCAUCAAGCUGAAGGAGAAAGCAGCUCAGUUCGACUAGAACUUCUUUCUAUUGACACAGAGAGAAGACACCUUCGAGAAAGAGUGGACCUAUUAGAAAAAGAAAUUCAAGAGCACAUAAAUGCGCAUCAUGCUUAUGAAUCUCAGAUCUCAUCAAUGGCAAAAGGCAUGGCUAGAUUAGAAGAAGAGCUGAGACAUCAAGAAGAUGAGAAAGCAACAGUGUUAAGUGAUUUGUCUUCUCUUAGAGAACUUUGCAUUAAGCUCGAUUCAGGCAAAGAUGUUAUGACCCAACAAUUGAAUGCUAAAAGUCUUGAGUUGGAGAGGGCACUAGCAGAAUUAGAAAAUGUAAAAUCAGAAUCAGAACUAUUAAGAAAACAGCUGUCAAAUGAGAGAUACACGAUUAAAAACCUCGAAUCAUUGUUGGCUACAAACAGAGAUAAAGAAUUUCAUUCUCAUUUAUCCUCCCAUGAAAAGGAUUCAGAAAUUCAGCUACUUAGGGAGAAGUUAACCCUUUCAGAAAACAAAUUAACUAGUCAAAGCCAGGAAAACACCAUGCUUCGAACUAAAGUGGGACAGUUACACACAGAUUAUGAUUCUCUAAAAAAGCAGAUUACAACAGAAAGAUAUGAACGAGAACGAGCAAUCCAAGAGAUGCGUCGACAUGGUCUUCCUAUGCCACAUCUUAGUUCUACCCUGAAGUCUCCUUCACAUUCUCCAGAACGAAAGGAAUAAUGGUUUUCCGUGAAUUCCUAUAUGGAUUUUUAAAAGAACACAGCUGUACUGAACUAUUUGAAGUACUCAUUCCUGAAAAUCAUGAACAUGAACACAAAUUCUACCUCGAUCAACUUUUAUUUAAAUCAGGGAAUAUUUAUGUAAAAAUUUUUGGUUUAAAAGAAUUGUAUUUAGGUGUAUAUUUUCGUAUAUGACAACAAAUAUGUACUAAUAGUGCUUAACUAUGUGAUAUGUAUAUUUUAUUAUUCUUAAAUUACUCCUUAAAAUAUAUUUAUACUCUGAAUUAAUAUAUUAUUCAUUUUAUACUUACUAAUCUGUUUCUUAAUGAGCCAUUAUAUAUGUGUGUAAAUAUUCUCAUAAUACUUGUUUUUAAAGUGUUUUCAGUUUCCACACCUGUUUGUGACCCAAAUUAUAAUCUGUUCACAAAGAAAUACCACCUUUGAUGCUGUGCAUCAUGCCUUCUUUUAACUGUAAAAUCACUUGUUCACAAAUUUGCUGUCCGUCAGUGAGGGGAAUAUAUUCAAGUCUAGUCAGCAUCAGAGGUCUCGGUAAAAUAAUUAUUGCCAUGUGUAAUUAAUUAUUGUCACCUAGGAAAACUGUGAUGAGAAAGACACACAUAUAUUAUGUACAGUAUUAUUUUGACUGUUACAUGGACUCAUCACAUAAUAGAGGUUUUAUGAAAAUCAAACUAAGUGCUAUAUUUAGAGUUUUGUAAAACAACCAAUUUGGGGCAGUUUUUUCAGUAGAUAAAAUUUCUCAGUGUAUUAGUCUAAAAUUUCUGAAUAUAAAAGUAAAUGAGGUAAAUACAGUAAAACAUUCUGUUAAAAUUCUAACAUACAUUAAAGCCAUAUCAAUUUUCUGCUUUUAGCUGUAUGUUAUAACUUACCAGUCUUCCAGAAUAGUAUGUAGAUGCUGACCCUGGGGCAUAGAAACUGAAAACAGCUCUUUACAAUUCACUUUCAAAGUUGUCAUUUUUAAAAACUUAAAAUUUAUAUAUAUAAAUAAUAGAAGUACAAAAGAGAAUGUCAGAUACAGAAUUUAAUCGUGUUUCAGCCAUACACAUUUGAAGAAAAACCUGUUCUACUGGAGUUCAUUGUGAUUGGAAAAAAAACUGAAGAAGUAACAUAAAGAAAGUGAAAGAUCAAUUACUUCUGUUUUGUUUCCCCUGUGGUGUAAUAAAGCAGAGUUCCUGUGUGCGUGCCGGAGGUGGGCAGCGUGCUUCACCUGUACCUCGUGUGCCUGGGGUGUGUAGGGGAUCCCUUAGUUGGAAUUCCGCUGUCUUGUGUGCAGUGACCUCCGCUCCCUCUGCCUUUGCAACUGUAUGUAUCGUGUCUCCUUUGAGUGAAUUCAUGUAUUACAGUAAAUACGAGAGAAGUGGGAUUAUUUGCAAUGUCAUGGAAAUCUCUAAAUAAAUAUAUGUAAAUAAAAAAUACUUGUCCCCACCUUUUCCCCCAAAGCAACAGCAAAACGUAGUUUGUUAGAUAUUUCAUUUUAACAGUUUUUAUACUUAAAACUGUAUAGCUUGCCAUAAUUACCAUUUUCAUAAUCAUGAUAGUAUAAUUUUUAAAACAUUUUAAAUACUAAAUGUUCUGGCCUUUUACGGAUGUUUUUAAUUUUGUUUUAAAUAAUUAAAUUAUGGAGCUUGACCUAGAUUUACCAAUAAACAUUCCAAUUUAUUUUCUCUCACAAA